GGCGUGUGGGCCCAGCAGCUAUCUAUAGCCCCCAGUCUAUUUCCAGACCCCGGGUGCAUGCAGCCCUGCACACCUUCUCAAAUCCUUAUUUACCUCUGAAAUCAGAAGUAAAAACCGCAGCCAUGACGGCCGUCCACUGUCACACACUCAACGUGUGAUCGUAAUCGUUCGCUCGCGCGGAUUCGACGUUCACAGGUCAUGGAGGCCCGUGGAAGCCUGGGCCUCGCCGGAAUCCCUCCUGCCCAGGACGGUGGCCCUGCCCCGGGGGACGGCGACGACCAGCCAGCCGGCUCCCUGAGGGUGAGGGUGGAGGACUGCUGGAUCGCGGCCGACCGGGGCCUGCUGGCCAGGCACAGCGACUACUUCACGGCGCUCUUCCACUCGGAGAUGGCCGACAGCCGGCGAGACGAGCUGCACGUCCGGGGCGGCCUGAGCGCUCGGGGUUUCCUGAUCAUGCUGGCGGUGUGCAGGGGCGAGGCGGUGACCCUGAGCGACCCGGAAGAGCUGUGGGACGCCGUGGAGUGUGCGGCGUUCCUCCAGGCGGAGGCGCUGACGCGGCACCUCUGCGACGUGGUGGACUCGGCCAACUGCCUGGCCCUGUACAGCGCGGCCCGCGUCUUCGGCGUGCACGAGCUCUACCACGCCGCCGCGCUCUUCCUGUGCGACGCCCGCGAGGACCUCUGGGAGGACGCCCCUGGCAGCGGCCUGCCGGAGGAGCUGCUGGAGUACUCGCGCUCCCUGUCCCCGGCCAGCUUCGUGGCCCUGGGGACGCACACGCCGACCACGGAGAGCCUGAGCGGCGCCUUCCGCGUGGUCCUGCACCUGGACGAGGAGGGGAGGGGCGGGUGGCGGCACCUGACCCACCUGCCCGCCCUCUGCUCCACCUCGCUGGCCGGCGUGGCCGUCCUCCACAACCGCCUCUACAUCGUGGGCGGGGUCCGCGGCUACGGCAAGGAGACGGUGGACGGGGGCCACUGCUACGACCCGGAGGCCGACGCCUGGGCCCCCGUCCCGGGGCCCGCCCAGCCCCGGUGUGACUUCACCCUGCUGGGCCACGAGGGCCGGCUCUACGCCGUGGGCGGGACGCACCGAGGGACAACCAGCGCUUCGGCGGAGGCCUUCGACGUCGCCACGGCGACGUGGAGCCCCAUCCGCGACGCGCCCCGGCCCGUGGCGUCGGCCGCCUGCGCCGUCGCCCGCCGCAGGAUGUUCGUGUGCUUCUGGCGCCCGCCCGACACCACGGAGAUCUACGAGUACGCGGCGGCGGGCGACGCCUGGACAUGCUGA